CGUGUUUUUACAUUACGUUUGUUUUUAUUGUAAACAUUGACUUUCAAACCAAAACCGAUUGAUUUGAAAUCAAUUGUUAAUCACGUUUUCAAUUAAGUUUAGACACAAUUAAGUGUUGAUUCAGUUAUGUUUCGACACAUUUAUACGCGUUUUAAUGGAUCUCAUGUUUUGUCAAAUGUGAGUUAUUUGCAAAAUAUAGCGACAAAUCAAUACUCAACGAGUCGUCCGCUCAUUGAAAAAGGCAUAAAUCAAGUGAUACUAAUGGGUCGGUGCGGCGCCGACGCCCUCAAGAGGGGAACCGAUAGCCGACCGGUCGUUAUCUUCUCGUUG